GCUGGCUACCCUAUUUUCCACUUUGUCACGGCAUCACGAAGAGACUUUCAUUUUGCUCGUGAAAAUAUUGCUAAAUUUUAUAAUCAAUCGUUCAUAGUUUGCAGUGCGUACGGUUUAUUAAACUUGCUCAAAUUGCGUUAAAUUGUUCUCUGUGAUAGGUUUUUCCUUAGGAAACUAGAAAUGACGGAACAGCAAAUGGAUUGUGCAUUAGAUUUGAUGAGGAGACUUCCCCCUCAGCAAAUCGAGAAGAAUUUAAUCGAUUUGAUAGACCUGGCUCCGGCUCUAUGCGAGGACUUGUUGACAUCCGUGGAUCAGCCUUUGAAAAUAGCGAAAGAUAAGGAAACGGGCAAAGACUAUUUGCUGUGUGAUUACAAUCGAGAUGGUGACUCAUACCGAUGCCCGUGGACAAAUACUUACGAUCCGCCGCUGGAAGACGGAUCGAUGCCCUCGGAACGGCUCCGGAAGCUGGAGAUCGAAGCGAAUCAUGCCUUUGACCAGUAUCGGGAAAUGUAUUACGAGGGAGGAGUCUCUUCCGCUUAUCUGUGGGACUUGGACCAUGGCUUCGCGGGAGUGAUUCUGAUCAAAAAGGCCGGAGAGGGCAAUCAAAAGACCAAAGGCUGUUGGGAUUCGAUCCAUGUGGUGGAAGUGCAGGAGAAGAGUUCCGGAAGGACGGCCCACUAUAAGCUGACGUCGACGGCAAUGCUUUGGCUGCAAACCCACAAGCAGGGAUCGGGAACGAUUAAUCUGGGGGGAAGUUUGACCAGACAGGUGGAGCAGGAUGCCCCGGUGAGCGAAAGCAGUCCGCACAUUGCCAACAUCGGGCGCCUGGUGGAAGACAUGGAGAACAAAAUUCGCAACACGCUGAACGAGAUCUACUUCGGCAAGACCAAGGACAUCGUCAACGGGCUGAGAAGCAUCCAGAAGUUGGCCGACACGAACCAGCAGGCUUCGAUGAAGAAGGAACUGGCGUUGGCACUCUUACGACGAACCGGAAAGGGAGAGAACUGAAUUAUUGUGAAAAACCCAACUGAAGUCAUCGUCAUGAGCUGCGAAAACUAUAUUUUCUGAUGCUGUUGCUGUGCUGUUGUUCGCUUUGCGCUAAGCGAAAUUACCGAGAAACACACUCUCUCUCUCUUACACUGGAAAACCGGAAAGAAACGAUCGCUACACUUUAAACGGAUGGGAGGAGCCAAAUGACGAUGUUUGUAAUGCUAAGUUUAGGAAAUAAAAAAACAAUAUUUUAAUGGUGUUAAGUAUAGUGAAAACUUCAGGUUUUUCCAAGCUUUUUUUUUGAAUCCUAACAUAACGAGAGUUUAAGUACGUAGAUUGUGUAUACCUUUACCUUGAUUUAGUUUGUUUGCACAAAUAGCUUCCACAAAUUAUUUUGUUUCUAGAAAUCGAAAAUUAAUAAAUAAAUAUAUGAUUUAA